AGGACGCCUGUUAAUUUCCUCCUAGUCAACCUUGCCGUGGCAGACAUGGUUGUGGCCAUAUUUUUAACACCGCAGCUCCUGUCUUUCCACAUCAGUUUCACUCAUCCAGAUGGGUUGAUUGGUACAGUGUUGUGCAAACUUCUGACCACCGCAAACUUCACCUACGUUGGGGCUGGAGCAUCAGUUUUUACUUUGAUUUGCAUAUCGGUGGAACGUUACUUUAAUGUGUUGUAUCCUCAUGGAGCCAAACGCAAGCUAACCAAGCGCAAACUCAAGGUACGGUAUAUAAUUUGUAACGGGGGGUGACAACUCUAACAAAGGCUGUUUGGGCAGUUCUAUGAAUAACUUUAUGUCCUCCCGGAAAUUUCGUCGACCCUCCCGAAUUUUUCGGUGGCAUUCCCCAUAAAUGUUUAACUUCCCAAAAUUGUUUUAACAAUUAAAAUUAAAAUUUUAAUUAGAAGCUUCUUGUUGAUUAUCUAACCUUAGUUAUUUUUUCGUUAGAGGGUAUCAUGUUAACACAGAAAGACCGUCAAACUUUUUAAGUAUAUAUAAAUCGUGUUUUUUUUUUUAUUUUUAAUCACCGACGAAUCAGGCGAGCGCUGAAGGGGCCAACCACUAGGGGGGUCUGGGGGCAUGCUCCCCCAGAAAAUUUUGAAAUCUUGGUGCUCUGAAACGCCGUUUCUAGUGUUCUGAGAGGACAAAUUCUGUCCAAAAUGUUCUCUAAAUCAAUUGUCUUUUUAUGCUUAUUUUUAUUGGCGUGACUUAGCGUAGAAGUAGUCGAUUUUAUUUUAUACAAGUUGUGCGGUUUUUGAAAUUGCUCUGGAAAUCACUUUCAGCUAAGUAUAGUCUGUGUGGUGUCAUUGUAUGAGUAUCAUAAGAAUUCAUUUGAAAAUUUCAGAACUGUCGAAAUCUGGAAUUUUCCUAUGCCGAACGCAUAUUGAUCAGGAUUCGGGAUUUUUGAGUAAAAUCGGAAGGACCCCGACGAGAUUAGGAUGAUUAAAGAGUCUUCACAGACAUACUAUUUUUUAUGGCCUCAUGUGCGUUUAACAAGGUUAAAUGAGUUUCGUUUUUUUCUUACGUACUUCUAACAUACUUUUUUCAAGUUUUCCAGUAUGCAAUCAGUGGAAUGUGCUCUUAAAACUCGUUAACAUGCAGCGUAAAAAUACCCCUGAACUAAUGAAUGAUAGGAUCUGGUGUGAACUGAUAGUAUGUGCCUUGCACCGACCCUUGCACCGGUACGGUUCGUGUGUCAAUCCGCUGGGGAUUGCACGUGGUCAAUCGCACUAUAUUAGUUGGAAACGUUGCUGAUUAAGCCGUUUUCAAUUGUCAAAAUACAAGGAAUACAGCGUAUCGGCACAGGGUGCAUAUCACUGUAUACAUAUUGUUUGAUAACAUGUAAUAUCAAAUCCUUGUUCAAUGUCCCGAAAAUAUCUCAUAUUUCCCGAAAAAUUUCCCAGGUUUCCCGAUUCCCGGCAAAAUCUCCAGAUUCCCGGAAUAAAUUUGUUUUUCUCCCGAAACAGCCCUUGUUAGAGCUGUCACCCCCCGUAUUUGUAAAACCUGAAAUGCCCUAGUAUCUCAUAAAAGCCCCUUGGAAAUUAUAAUUGGGUUUUAAAUGCCCUGUCCAAUAAUUGUCCCAACUGUAAAAAAUGCCCACUUCCCCCUGAAAUGUUUGGAAAGCAACUGCAAAACCAGAUGAGUUCCCAAGAAGCAUCACAGAUUUAAACAUUGAUGAGGUUGAUGAAGGCAACUUAGUUCUGAUUGAAGAUGAUUUGAACAUUGACAUUAAAAGCUUAUAAAAUUACCCUUUUUAAUCUUUUAAUUUUCGUACACGUUCCACAGUUACUUUAGUAUAUUUCUAAAAGUUAAAUAUAGGCCUCUCUGAUAUUAAGCGCCUAUCGUUGACUGAGGAAUUGAUACUUCUGCAUGUCUAAAGAGUGAAAAUAGGCACCAAAUCAAAGUGAGAUGUCACAACACUGGCACUAAUAAUGUCCACGUUUGCACGCAGCUACAAGACUUAUUAUAGUGUGUUUGCGAAAAACCAGCGAUUUUUCGAGUUUAUUGUAAAAUUUGCGAUUUCUGGCAUGGUUGGAGAUUUUUCGAGUUUACUUUAAAAUCCGUGAUUAUGUGCAAAUGUUCUUUAUUUUUACAUGUAUAAAGCCAGUUGAGAAUUUUACAAACGUUGCGAAACUUCUUUGUCAUGUUAUGAUCAAUUAAGUCGAAUGGUCCGAAUGCUGCAUGCAUGUCCGAUCAAGACCCGAAUGCUCUCGAACAAUAAGCUUUUAUAGCACAAACGUGUUUACACGUGUUUGCACUUCCCUCCCCUCCCUAACCUUUAUGACGUCCUAGCUAAGCUUUGAACACUGCUAGUUACAGAAUAAUUAAGCCAUGGUGACCACAAUCAUGUGUGGUCAUCACCUUGUCACUAACUGAGCUCACCUUGUGGGUGGCUCCUCUAAAAUGUUCUAUAAUACAAUUGGUCUAGAAUUUAAUGGAGCCGAAAACAAUGGUGGAAUUGCACACAUUUUAAGCACCCUACUGAAGAACAGUUACGACCUAUAGAUAUUUCGAGCAACAACAAUUUGCUGUCUGUCCUCUUUGAAUGUUUUUCUUUUCAUGAUAUGUUUUCCCAGGUGCUUGUACCUUGUUCCUGGAUCUUUGGAGUGAGUUUGAAAGUCCCAGCUUUCUUGUCUUACGUCUAUGUCAAGGAAGUUGGUGGUUGCGUUUAUUUGCUUACAGAAGAAUGGAUGGGAAAACUUCUCAGUAUGUCUUGGUUUAUAUUUUUGGGAUUCCUUCCUGUCGUGGUUAUGACUGCCUUGUAUUCCCGAGUCGUUUACGCUUUGUGGUUCAAAGGCUCAGACAACGCUGGAAACAAUUCACAACAGGUUGGAAAAAUCUUACCCUACGAAUACAGCUGUUUCUCUUUUCUCCUCGCCGCUAGGGACGUUUCGCCAGGAGGAACGUGUGCGUCUCAGCGACAGAAAUUCCAUACUGAUGACGUAUAAUCUGUCGCGAAUCUGGUCAGGAACUCUAAUUGGUCGACUUAGUAGUUAUAUUGUUUUCCUACUGUUUACGAAUUGACAGACAAAAGACAAAAGACCACAAAGGUCAAAUGUAAACGUGAUGAAUCUACUACAAAAAGGGUCAAUAUUCCUGGAAUUUAUUCUUCUCUAGGAAAAGCAUACGAGUUUUGCUGGAGCUCGUUCGCAGAAGGACACAAGACUUUACCAUAAUCGACCAGGAGAAAUAUAAAAUUUAACAAAUUUACAUUUGAAGCCCUGUGACCAAACUAAUCAUGUAAAUAUUGAUUUAAGUCAUCAGCAAGGAAUUUCUGUUGCUGAGGUGCAGACGUCCCUCCUGGCGAAAAGUCCCUGGCGGCGAGAAGCAAGAAAAGACGGCUGUAUUCGCAGGCUAGAAAAAUCUAUACACAAUAAAGUCCAAAUGUUAUUAGUUGAACCUGCUUUCAGUCAGCAGACACCCUCUUUUAAACCAUUUCCACUCUGAGCUAUUCAUUUUACAUGUCAUUAUGUCCGUUAACAAUAAAUUCCCGUCCAAAAGUAAUAUCUCCUUUGGUUUGAAAACAGAUGCUUGACCCGGACUGGCCUCGAGUGAUGUAAAAUUUUCCUCUUAAAUGCUCCUACAAAAUAAUCUUGCUUGGUAAACAAAGUUUUUGGGCCCGACCCGCCAAGCGCUUUUACAUCUUGCUCUUUCACACAGCCGCCAAGGUCGACAAGGUCUUGCUGCCUUUGCCUUGUUUUCAUGCCUGAAAGUGCAGUAGCCCUGCGUUUUUUGUUAAGUCGUCCUCAGAAAACAUGACACCUUUGUAAAGGAAACAUUGACUUAAGAAGUGCUAUUAGUCCUUAAAAUAUGGCCAAAUGACAAUGAAAUAUGGUUGCCUCAUGAGAGAUAAGAUGAUUUUAAGUCAUGGUUUUGAAAAACCGAAUUUCCGUUUUCAUCCGUCCAAACGCCUUUUCUACUCCGAGGAUCCAAUUGAAUUAAACCUCAAUGUUUCCCUCAGCUGGAAAAUGAAAUGAAAUGUUUUCCUCUCAAGUGUUUUAAGCACGUAUAAAGAUAUGUGGUGCAAAGUGUCUGAACACAGCAUCAAUUUGGGUUGGUGCCUGCGCUAGUACUCGAGAACCAAGUCUGAACACAGCUUGAAAGCAUAAAUUGGUUGAUUUUCUUUUGUGACCAGCGUUGUGACCUGUGUUUAGAGACCUGUGUUUAUGAACGGAAAAAUAAAACGGCUUAUCAAUCGGUGAUACACUAUCGGGUAUCAACUGUCUGAACACAGCACCAAUUUGUACUGGUACUUGCUAUAGUGAUAUAGGGAAACAAUUGUGAACUCAGCCAAAAACAUAAAUACAUUGAUCCUCUUUUCUUGGUAGGGUGUGAUGAGGGUUCGGAAGCGAGUCACCUUGAUGGUCUUCAUUGUCAGCAUCAUCUUUGGGGUUUGCUGGGGGACAAACACAGUUGGCUACCUCAUGGUCGAUUUUUUUCCCUCGCACAAAUUCCAUACAAUAGAAGCAAGCAACACAAUAGUCUUGUUGAAUUCAGCCAUCAACCCGAUUAUAUAUGCCUUGGUCAACGAGCGAUUUAAGGAAAAGUUCAAGGCAAUGCUUUGCUGCAGGCGGCAAAGAGUAAGGGUUCAUCCAGGUGGAGAAUCUCAUGGGAUCGAAAAUAAUACCAACCCCACUGAUGCUAAAAUAGAAACAGGAAGAAACUAA